UGCAUACGAAGGACCUUCAGUUCUCCUCGCCCUGGCACCCUUGCCGUGAAGUGGCCGUCUAGUCUUUUUCUUAUGUCUCUAUGGUUGCCUCGCCCGCCCCCCUCAUCCCUUCUUCAUGCCUCUCUACGCGGGCCAGCUCCUAAUAAAUUUAUCUUACUACAUCCUCGUCUAAUAAGCACCCUACUUCGUUCAUCUGGCGCUACCUCUAUCUCUCGGUCUCCUCUUUACAAUGACUCGCGAACAGUCGCAGCCAUCGGCUCGUACUCUUCGUCACGGUUCGCGAGCACGGACACUACCAAAGCAACUUCGUCAUCCACACCGCACACUACUACCGCCGUAAACGACCCAAAUACCUCUCAUACCACCCCGAAGGCUUCGCCUCCCGCACCCAAGGAAGAACCCAAAGAACCAUUAGGAACGCGGGUCUGGAAGAAGGUCAAGCAUGAGGCUCAGCAUUAUUGGCAUGGUUCGAAGCUGUUGGCGAAGGAGGUUAGGAUCUCGGCAAGACUGCAAUGGAAAAUCCUGCACGGUGAAAGCUUGACAAGGAGAGAACGGAGACAGUUGAAGCGUACGACAACAGAUCUGCUCCGUCUCAUUCCUUUUGCGGUCUUCGUCAUCGUACCGUUCAUGGAAAUUCUACUACCGGUUGCGCUCAAGCUUUUCCCCAAUAUGCUUCCGUCUACGUUCGAGGACAAGUAUGCUGCUGAAGAGAAGAGUCGGAAACUCCUUCGCGUUCGUCUCGAAAUGGCCAAAUUCUUGCAAGAAACUCUCCGUGAAUCCGGUCUCAAAGCCAAUGCACACAUCGUUGGCUCCGACGCAUUCAAAGAAUUCUUCCGCAAGGUCAGAUCUACCGGUGAAUCUCCCUCAGAACAAGACGUCAUCAACGUAGCCAAACUCUUCGACGACGACCUUACCCUCGACAACCUCUCCCGUCCCCAACUCGUCUCCACCUGCCGCUACAUGGGUCUCAACGCAUUCGGAACCGACAACUUCCUCCGUGGCGCCAUCCGCUCCCGUCUCCUCCAACUCCGUCGUGACGACCAGUCCAUCAACGCCGAAGGCGUCGACGAGCUCUCGGUUUCGGAAUUGCAGCACGCGUGCGCUAGUCGUGGGAUUAGGACGUUUGGUGUCAGUCCUGCGAGGUUGAGGGAGGAGCUGACGACGUGGAUUGAGCUGCAUUUGAAUAAUCGGGUAUCUGGUGUUUUGAUGAUCCUUGCGAGGGCGUUCAAUUUCGAUGUCAAGCCUGGGGAGGGAGAGAGUGGCUCGAAGUCCGUCAUUAAGGGUUUGGAACAUGUGUUGAGUGGCCUGCCUGAUAACCUGUUGAACGAAGCCGAACUCGAGGUCGACUCGGACAAGGCUUCGUACAAGCAGAAGCUCGAGGUCUUGCAACAACAGGAAGAACUCAUCGAGGACGAAGAGGAGCAGGAACAGAAGGAGGAAGACGCGCGCAGGGCGAAGAAGGAGGCGGAGGAGCGCUCGAAGCGUGAGGAGGAAGCACAGAUGGCUGAGUCGCUUUUGCCUGAUUCUGAGUUGCACCCUGAACGCUUCGAGGAAGAGGACGCCAGGAUGACCACGGAACAACUCAAGGAACUUGGCGAGGCGCUCUCGAUCUUGUCCGCGAAAUCUAGCGUGCUUAAAGAAAGAGAUGAACUUCGUGCCCUCAUGGAAGAGAACUCUCAAGCCGAGGAGGACCCCAAGUCUCCUUCAGCAGCACUGACCAAACGCAUCCGCACAAUGCUCACCAAGAUCGACGGCCAGCUUUCCGAGUACGACGCCCGUGUAGGUAACUCCCUCCAGAUGAUCUCCUGCGACCCACAAGGACGUAUCCCGAUCAGGGAUCUCGAGAAGGCUUUGGCUGUGAUCAAGCAUAAGCCGGAUGAGGACGUCGUGCAGAAUGUGGUGGACAAGCUGGACGUGGAUAAGGAUGGGUAUGUUGAGUUGGAGCAUGUGUUGGGGCUGGCGAGGGAGGAGGGGUUGGGUAUCAUGGUGGAUAACGAGGCGCAGAAUAUUAUCGGACAGGGACGGGACUUGAUGAAGGACGUAAAACCACGCAAGGAGGACGUCGUGCAGGAUUAGAGCAUCGACACCCACAAUACUAUCCUAUCCUACCUUUGCGUUCCGCGUACACUCACAGGCCACACCACUAUUAGUAUGCAGUGACCUUUACAGUUAUAUUAAAUAAGUAUAUCUUGCGCCUCCGUGAGCUAAUACGUAUACAUGGCCCGAUACUACACCUGUAACAACUUCUCGCACGUACGCCAGGCCAACUACACAUCAAUAGAACUG